AGGGUGAACCUUGGCACAGUGAGUUGGCGUGGAAAGAAUGAAAAGGUGGACCUAGUGAGUAACGAAGUAGUUGCAUGGAUAGUAUCGCAUUCUUGGGUAGUCCGAGUACAAAUUGUGAGGCAUAUGGUAUAUGGUUGAGGUAUAGAAGCAAUGGUGAGUGGUGAGCACAAUCUGGCAAUGCAACUGUCAAGCCCAAGAAUGAAGCAACCAACUGUUUCCGAUCAGAGCCUAUCCAAGACUCGCAUCUCACCUUCCCGCCACAACAUCCGUUCCAACAAGUCUGGGAGAAGUAGGAGGAAAAACACUAACCCUAGUACUAGUACUUCCUUCCCUUCCUUCAACCUUCGCCCAUAUGAUCACAUCAAUGACCACCAGAGUUCUAAUAGUCCAUAUUACAAGGGUCUCACUGACCAAUCCCUUGCUAUCCCUGAGCCUCAGCUUCAUACCCCUACCACUACCACUGAUCACCUUCUUUCUAGUCCAUAUUAUAAAGGUCUUCUUGCUCUUAAAAUUAGUUCUUGGACCCCUGACGACCAUCCUAUUCCUUUUCCUCCCAACAACUCCUUUUCAUACCUCCCUAGUCCUUACUAUAGAGGUCUUCUCACCGAUUACAGUGCCCUUCUAUCAUCAAUUGAUCCUCCUCCUUUCAGUAUCAAAACUACCCCACCAGGAGUACCCACUUUGAAGGACUUGAUUCUCGAUGCAGCUCAUCAUCACGUUGACUUUCUUACCGAAGAAAGUGAAGUUGGGAAUUAUUCAUUAGAAGAAAUUGAUGUGGAGGUGAUGGAUGAAGAGAAGCCUUUGAGAGAGAUUAGUGUGUUAGAAGACAAAGCAUCAGAGAAAAUGAUUUUGGAGGAGAUGGUGAUUGUAGAGAAGCCAUUGAGGGAGAGUGUCUUGGUGGAAAAGGAAAUGAUUAUUGUAGAGAAGCCAUUGAGGGAGAGUGUCUUGGUGGAAAAGGAAAUGAUUAUUGAAGAGAAACCAUUGAGGGAGAGAGUAUCAGAAACAGAAAGAAGCGACCAUGUAGAGGAGAAGAAGGCCUUAAGCUUGUCUGUUUCAGAAUCACAAUGCGAAGAGGGUGGAAAUGUCUACCAGUAUACUUGGGCAACCAAAUACCAGCCCAUGUCCUUAGAUGACUUCAUCUGCAACAAAGACAACGCCCUUCAGCUCAAAGCAAAGGUGAAAGAGGGUUGUGGCUGCAGUCAUUUUAUAUUUGAAGGACCACCAAGUGUUGGAAAGAGAUCCAUGAUACGGGCUAUGCUUCGAGAGGUAUUUGGCGCCGACAAGGUGCAGGUCAUAGAAGAAUGUAGAAACUUCAAUAUGAAGGGUGAAAUGGUGAAUAAUCUCCAAGUGCGAGUGAAGAAAUCACUCCACCAUGUUGAGGUGAAUCUGUCAGAGACAAAGGGAUAUGAAAAGCAUGUAAUUGUUGAUUUAUUCAAGGAAACAUAUGGCCAGCUCAUAAAUAACUCGGAGCCUUGUUGCCCAGAGAACUGCAAAGCAAUAAUUUUGUAUGAGGCGGAGAAACUAUCCAUAGAAUCCUUGUUGUAUAUUAAGUGGUUACUAGAGAAGUACAAAGGCUGUAAUAAGGUAUUCUUUUGUUGCUCUGAUGAAUCAAAGCUCCAACCUGUCAAGCCACUUUGCAUCACUGUCCGCCUUUCAUCACCAUCAACCCAAGAGCUUGUUCAGAUUUUGGAAAAUAUUGGAAAAGAGGAAGGAAUAAAAUUAUCACGCAACUUAGUGGAGAAGAUAAUCUUGAGGUCCAAAAACAAUCUACGCCAAGCCAUUCGAUCGUUGGAGGCCACUUGCCGAAAUAAGGAUGCUGUCAAAGACGACGAUUUAAUUCUAACUGGGUGGGAGGAAGAUAUUUUUAAUAUUGCCAAAAAAGUAGCCGAAGAGCAAAGUCCACGACAGUUGUACGUCAUUCGUAGAAAACUUCAAAGUCUUAUGAUUCAUGAUGUUCCUCCCGACUUUAUUUACAAGUCAUUGGUACCAGAGUUAACGAAUCUAGUUGAUGAAUCGCUACGGGCAGGGGUUGCCAAACUCGACAAGGAGUUCAUUAGACCUAGUGACAUCAAAUUUCAAACUAUGAAGCAGUUCGGUCAUGCUCAAAACAAACAAGCGGAAUCGGAUGAGAAGAACUAUGAUUCAACCAAUCAGAAUAGGUUAACUUACUUAAAAGUCGAAGAGUUUAUAGCGAAAUUCAUGAGUUGGUACAAGAAUUCGUCUGAAAAAGGCAAUAAACAGUAGCACGUGCAAUACAAUGUUGGACCAUAAAUAAUCUGUGAAUAAAACUCAAAGAUAUUUUGUGUUAAGAACACCCGUCAAUAAUUAAAUACAUUAUGUAUUGGCGUGUGUGUUUAAUUAAUAUACUGUGUGCCAUCCUCGUACUCAGGUCGGAAGAAAUAUCAAAUUAAUAUA